AUGUGGGAAGAGUUGGCAGCAAGAUUUGGUCAUACAUCAGUGACCAAACUGAGGCAACUCACUAUAUGGUUUGAAUCCUACAAGAAGCCUCAUGGUCAGACCAUGAAACAACAUUUGAGAAAGAUGUCAAACAUGAUUAACGAGCUGAAGGAUGCUGAUCAUGUCCUAAUUAAUGAGCAGCAAGUGCAAGUAGUGAUCCGUUCCUUGCCUCAGAAUUGGGAGCAUAUGAAGGUACACCUGACCCACAAUGAGAACAAUAAAACUUUUGAGGAUGUUGUGCGCCAUCUUGAGCUAGAAGAUGUCCGUCUCCUGGCAGCUAAGUCAGAAUCUGAUAUUUAUUAUGCUAGUUCUAGCUCACAUGGAGUUUCGAGUUCCAAGCGCAAACGUCUUGAUUCGUUCAAAUGGUGGAAAGGCAAUGGAGCAAGUUGUUUAGGGAAGAAACCAAAAGUUGACCAACAUGAAAGAGGAAAGCAUCAUCGAAUGAAGAAGUUGUCAAGGGUGAAAUGUUACAAUUGUGACAAGAAGGGUCACUAUACUCGCGACUAUCGCGAGCCAAAGAAGAUUCGGGAGCAACAUACCAUGUAG